UCAGUGUCGUACCUUCAAAUUCAACCGGGCGCCAAAACUGAGCCGCAGUGUGGUACGCGGCUGGUACGCACGCGCACACAACGCUGUUGGUAGGAAAGCAUGCCGUCGGCCGCUGCCAAAAUCGAAAAGCAAAGCUCUUUGGAGGGCCAAGAUUCUCUAAAGAGCAUCAUCACCAUCUUUGAAAAGAAGACAAGAAACUUGGAAAAGCGAAAGGGGAAAUUGGACAACCUGAAAAAGGAGUUGGAACAGGGCAAGGAACUCAAUGAAGACCAGAAGGCGGCCGUCGGAAAGUAUGACCAAGUGUUGGAAACGCUGGAGCUGACUCGGGAACUGCAGAAAAGCGUGACGACGGUCAUGCAAGACCACCUGAAGCAGAGCAAGCGGCUGGCCCGCAAGGAGCAGCUGGAGCGGCAGCAGCGGGAGCUCCAGCGGAUGCGGGAGCUGCUGGAGGUGCAGGACGUGCUGGCGACGCUGGGGGCCCCGGAGGCGCGGCAGAGCUUUUUGGAGGGCAGCGGGGGCGCCGUGGCGCUCUCGGAGGAGGCCCUGGACCGGCUGGACCAGCUGUACCGGCUCGUCUGCCCCGACCGCGAGGAGGCCGGGGGCCAGUUCGGGCAGCACGUGAGCGCGGCCGCUGACCACGUCAUGGCACUGCUCGACGCCCGCCCCAAGGCUGUCCUCGACACCACCUACAAGGCCCUCCGUGAGAUGCUCCAGGAGAUCCAGGGGUGUGCAUACUUUGCCGGGUCCACCGGAGCGGACGAGUCCUCGGCCGGCCCCAACAAGGAAGCCGCUGAGGCUGAGGAGGAGGAGGAAGAGGAGGAGGAAGACCGCCAGCACGGGACGGCGGAAGCGGGGGAGGCCGAGAAGGUCCACCAGCCUGACCAGGACGCCUACCCCUCCGAAGCGGGCGUCCCUCCGGCGGCUGAGGCGGUGCAGGUGGCGGCGGAGGAGGUGUCCCUGCCCCCAAACCAGCCCGAGCUGCCACCGGUGCCCGUGCUGCCCCCUGGGGGAGCCCACCUGGACUUUCUGCAGGAGUCCCAAAUCGACCUGGAGUCGCCCCACAUGGAUCCCGCGGUUGUGGCGGCACACCCCAUGGCCGCCCCGCCCGCCGGCUUUGUGUUGCCGGUGGCCGACUACGACCUGGCCAGGCCCAUCCCGACCCAGACGUUCACCAACCAGAGCUUCUCCGGGCCGCCCCAGGCCCCUGUUGCGGCGGUGGCCGAACCUUGCGUGCAGAGGGACUUUGCGGGCAACCAGCUGGGCUCGGAGGGGCCCAGGAGAGGGGGCCGGAGGGGGGGAGGGGGACCCCCGAGAAUGCCCCGGAGCAACGGUUAUACCAAUGGAAAGGGUGGCCAGUGGCAGUCGAAUGGGGGAAGUCCUGGUCACGACCGGCCGGAGGGCAACAGGCCUAGACCGGCGGGACCACCCAGGGCGGCGGGUCGGGGGCCCGGCCGCGGCGGGAUGAACCAGACGGGCAGGGCGCCGCGUGGAAGCGGCAUCGCUUCGUAUGCGAAGUAGACGCACGGAUCCGGACCUCAAGAGCAGUUCCUGGAUGACAGGGCGUGAACCGAAGAGCCAAAAUGGCCGGGUGGGGGGGUUUCCAGGAAGACCCACCUCCCGGCAGGACCACUGUUUGUUGGAUGACUGCUUGUGUGCGCACGUACGGUGCUUUCUUCCGUUCUCCGACCCCGCUGCCCCCGCGUCGCCGCCAUCCUCCCUUGGCGCGCCACGGUUGCCCGCCGCAUCCCUUCUCCCUGUUGGUUUUUCUCGUCCUGGGAGGCACGUGGUAGGACAAGUCGUUUACCCCCAAGCAGAAAGGUUAUCUGCCGUUACUUGUUGAGAAGGAAUCUACAUGCUUGCACCUCUGGGCUAGGGUGGCAGUUGUAUUAAAACAAAAGUAUAGACCCUUUUCCCUCUCCAGGCUUUUUUUUUUUUUUUUUGUUUACUCGAGCUGUAUUGGGAUACUUGACUCUGUGUGUGUGUCUGGAUGUGAGAGUGUGUGUGUGAUGAGCAGGUUCCCUUUAACUUAGCCCUAAUAUAAUAAAAGCUGAGGUCGGACUUCUAGUUUCA